CCUCCACCUCGUCUCCUCUAUUUAAAGCUUCCACCCUCCCACUCAUCUCCGACCAUCUCCAUCUCCACCUCGUCGCCGAUCCAUCGCUCGCCAGCCAUGAUGCAGCGCACCAUGGAUCUGGGCCUCAGCCUCGGCCUCGGCCUCGCCUCUCAGGGCAGCCUCUCCUCCUCCACCACCACCACCACCUCCUCGCCCCCCGGCUGGGCCGCCGCGCUCAGCUCCAUCGUCGGCGACGUGAGGCGGGAGGCGGCGCAGGCUGCGGCGGUGGUUGGGACUGGGGGUGGGGGUGAGGAGUACGGACAGGGGAGGGCGUCCACGUCGCCGGACAGCGCGGCGGCGCUGUCGAGCGCGAGCGGGAAGAGGGAGCUCGAGCGGUCGGGAUCCGGGGUCGACGACGACGACGGCGCGGAUGGCGCCGGCGGGCGGAAGAAGCUGCGGCUGUCCAAGGACCAGGCUGCCGUGCUCGAGGAGUGCUUCAAGACGCACUCCACUCUCAACCCGAAGCAGAAGGUGGCGCUGGCGAACCGGCUCGGGCUCCGGCCACGGCAGGUGGAGGUGUGGUUCCAGAACCGCCGCGCCAGGACCAAGCUGAAGCAGACGGAGGUGGACUGCGAGUACCUCAAGCGCUGGUGCGAGCGCCUCGCCGACGAGAACAAGCGCCUCGAGAAGGAGCUCGCCGAGCUCAGGGCGCUCAAGGCGGCGCCCUCGCCGGCUUCCUCUCUCCAGCCAUCCUCCGCCGCCGCCACGCUCACCAUGUGCCCAUCCUGCCGCCGCGUCGCCACCGCCGGCGCGCCGCCGCCUAACCACCAACAAUGCCACCCCAAAUCUAACACCACCACCACCUCCUCCUCCCCCGCCACCGCCGCCGCCAUCGCCGGCGCCAACGUGCUGCCCAGCCACUGCCAGUUCUUCCCGGCCGCCGCCGACCGGACCAGCCAGAGCACGUGGAACGCCGCCGCGCCGCUUGUCACCAGAGAGCUCUUCUAGAAUCGACCAAUCCAUCCGUCCUCGCCAUGACAACUUGGAAAGGAUCAAGCUUGAUCGGUCAGACAGAGUUUUUACUAGGUGGUGAUUUGGUUAAUUAAUUAAUCAAUUAAUUAGUUAAUCAAUCAAGAGGAGGAGGAGGUGAUUAAUUGCCCUUGGUUUGGUACCUAAUUAGUAAUUAGCAUCAGUAGUAGUAGCAGCAAAUUUGGUUUGGAUUAAUUCAGUUGGAUUUCUUACUACGACGACGACGAUGAUGAUGAACAAAGGAACAAAGCAACAAAAAAUGGCUGUCUGCUUUUUCUUGGACGGCAUGUACCAAUUCACCAAACCUGUUGGUUGGUGGAUUAACAGCUUGAUUGGUAUAUUGUUGUACUAGUACCACUAAUUGAUUGAUCGAUGAAAAAAGUUAAUGAAAUCUUUCACUUCAUCUCU